UUCCCCAGGAUUGUCCCCAGAUCCUGCCCUCUACCCAGAUCUAUAUCCCCGUGGGCGUGACCAAGCCCAUCACACUGGCCGCCCGCAACCUGCCCCAGCCCCAGUCUGGCCAGAGGAACUACGAGUGCGUGUUCCACGUGCAGGGAGAGGAACACAGCGUCACUGCCCUGCGCUUCAACAGCACCAGCAUCCAGUGUCAGAAGACCUCGUAUAACUACGACGGUAAUGACAUCAGCGACCUGCCCGUGGACCUAUCGGUGGUGUGGAAUGGCAACUUUGUCAUCGACAACCCCUACAACAUCCAAGCCCACCUGUAUAAGUGCCCUGCCCUGAGGGACAGCUGUGGGAUGUGUCUGAAGGCUGACCCCAGGUUUGAAUGUGGCUGGUGCGUCCAGGAGAAGAAGUGUUCCCUGAGGCAGGAAUGUGCCCCCCUAGAGAGCAGCUGGAUGCAUGCCACCACGGGCAACAGUCGCUGUGCCCACCCCAAGAUCAUAAAGUUGUCUCCAGAGACGGGUCCCAGACAGGGUGGAACCAUGCUGACCAUCACGGGGGAGAACCUGGGUCUGCAGUUCAAGGACAUCCAGACGGGGGUCCGCAUCGGCAAGGUGGCCUGCACCCCCGUGGAGGCCGAGUACAUCAGCGCUGAACAGAUCGUGUGUAAGCUGGCUGACGCGACAGGCUACCGAGUGCAAGAGGCUCAUGUGGAAGUGUGUGUGAGGGACUGCACACACGCUGACUACAAAGCCAUCUCACCCAAGGCCUUCACUUUUGUGUCUCCUUACUUCACGCGUGUGCAGCCCUCCAAAGGCCCCCUCUCGGGGGGCACCCGCAUCACCAUCGAGGGGAGCCACCUCAAUGCCGGCAGCGCUGUGGCGGUCAAGAUCGGCCUACACCCCUGUCGCUUCGAGAGGCGGAGUGCCAGGGAGAUAGUGUGUGUGACGCCGGCAGGUCUGACUCCCGGCGGUACCCCCGUCAUGGUGGACAUCAACUCAGCCGAGCUCAGGAACCCAGAGGUCAAGUUCAACUACACCGAGGACCCCACCAUCCUCAAGAUAGAACCUGACUGGACUAUUGCAAGUGGCGGGACUCUGUUGACCAUCACUGGCACCAACCUGGCUACCAUCAAAGAGCCGAAGAUGAGAGCCAAGUACGGGAAAGCCCAAUCUGUCAACAACUGCACAGUGCUUAACAACACAGUGAUGGUGUGUCUGGCGCCAUCUGUGGCCGUCUCGGAGAAGGGCUUCUCAGAGACGGGCAGCGGUCCCGACGAGAUCGGCUUCAUUAUGGACGACGUGCGCGCCACACUGGUUGUCAACGAGACGUUCAGCUUCUACCCGGAUCCUGUGAUAGAGCCGCUUAGUCCCACGGGCCUGCUGGAGCUCAAACCCAGUUCCCCACUCAUCCUCAAGGGUAAGAACCUAAUCCCGGCUGCCCCUGGUAACGCUCGUCUCAACUACACGGUCCUGAUCGGAGAGACACCCUGUGUCCUCACCCUGUCAGAGAGCCAGCUGCUCUGUGAGUGGCCCAACCACACGGGAGAACACAAAGUCACCGUGCGCGUUGGGGGCUUUGAGUACUCCCCCGGUACCAUCCAGAUCUACUCUGACAGCCUGCUUACCCUGCCCGCCAUCAUCGGCAUCGGAGGGGGUGGCGGCCUGCUCCUAUUGGUCAUCAUCGCCGUGCUCAUCGCCUACAAGAGGAAGUCGCGGGACGCCGACCGCACGCUGAAACGCCUGCAGCUCCAAAUGGACAACCUGGAGUCCCGGGUGGCGCUGGAGUGCAAGGAAGCCUUUGCAGAGCUGCAGACAGACAUCCAUGAGCUGACCCAGGAGCUGGAUGGAGCUGGCAUCCCCUUCCUAGACUACAGAACCUAUGCCAUGAGGGUCCUCUUCCCCGGUAUCGAGGACCACCCCGUGCUCAAGGAGAUGGAGGUACGGGUUCAGGCCAAUGUGGAGAAGGCUCUCACCCUGUUCGGCCAGCUGCUCACCAAGAAGCACUUCCUCUUGACCUUCAUCCGCACGCUAGAAGCUCAACGCUCUUUCUCCAUGAGAGACCGCGGCAACGUGGCGUCGCUGGUCAUGACUGCCCUCCAGGGCGAGAUGGAGUACGCCACAGGGGUGUUAAAACAGCUCCUCUCAGACCUAAUUGACAAGAACCUGGAGAGCAAGAACCACCCCAAGCUACUGUUGAGAAGGACUGAGUCGGUGGCUGAGAAGAUGCUCACCAACUGGUUCACAUUCCUCCUCUACAAGUUCCUCAAGGAGUGUGCUGGCGAGCCUCUGUUCAUGCUGUACUGUGCCAUCAAGCAGCAGAUGGAGAAGGGGCCUAUAGACUCCAUCACAGGAGAGGCGCGCUACUCCCUCAGCGAGGACAAGCUCAUUAGACAGCAGAUUGACUACAAGACCCUGACCUUGCACUGUGUGAACCCGGAGAACGAGAAUGCCCCAGAGGUGACGGUGAAGGGGCUGAACUGUGACACGGUGACUCAGGUGAAGGAGAAGUUGCUGGACGCGGUGUACAAAGGCAGUCCCUACUCCCAGAGACCCAAGGCUGGAGACAUGGACCUAGAGUGGCGUCAGGGAAGGAUGGCCCGGAUCAUCCUCCAGGACGAGGACGUCACCACCAAGAUAGACAACGACUGGAAGAGACUCAACACACUGGCCCAUUACCAGGUGACUGAUGGCUCAGUGAUUGCCCUGGUGCCCAAGCAGAACUCUGCCUACAACAUCUCCAACUCCUCCACCUUCACCAAGUCACUCAGCAGAUACGAGAGUAUGUUGAGGACGGCCAGUAGUCCAGACAGCCUGCGCUCCCGCACCCCCAUGAUCACGCCCGACCUAGAGAGUGGCACCAAGCUGUGGCACCUGGUCAAAAACCACGACCACUCGGACCAGCGUGAGGGCGAUCGCGGCAGCAAGAUGGUCUCUGAGAUCUACCUGACCCGCCUGCUCGCCACCAAGGGUACGUUGCAGAAGUUUGUGGACGACCUGUUUGAGACUAUCUUCAGCACGGCCCACAGAGGUAGCGCCCUGCCACUCGCCAUCAAGUACAUGUUUGACUUCCUGGACGAGCAGGCCGAUAAACACUCCAUUUCCGACUCGGACGUACGGCACACGUGGAAGAGCAACUGUCUUCCUCUGAGGUUCUGGGUGAACGUGAUCAAGAACCCCCAGUUUGUGUUCGACAUCCACAAGAACAGCAUCACGGACGCCUGUCUGUCUGUGGUGGCCCAGACUUUCAUGGACUCCUGUUCCACCUCAGAACACAAGCUGGGCAAAGACUCACCCUCCAACAAGCUGCUCUACGCUAAAGACAUUCCCAACUACAAGAACUGGGUGGAACGGUACUACUCCGACAUCUCGCGGAUGCCUGUCAUCAGUGACCAGGAUAUGAGUGCGUACCUGGCUGAGCAGUCGCGGCUCCACCUCAGCCAGUUCAACAGCAUGAGCGCCCUGCACGAGAUCUACUCCUACAUAGUCAAGUACAAGGACGAGAUCCUGUCAGCUCUGGAGAGGGAUGAGCAGUCGCGGAGGCAGAGACUCAGGAGCAAGCUGGAGCAGGUCAUUGACACAAUGGCCCUGGCCAGCUGAGGAAUGACCCUUCCUCUCAUCCGAUUCUUCUCCAUCUUCCUCUCCGUCUCUCCUCACCCAGAGAAAAUGAAACUCAGACAGUGUGGUUUUCAAACCCUCCUAAAAACACAUGAUGAGCUACUGCAAAGGACAGAAGGCAGUACACUGCACAGGGGCAAUUCAGCAGUACUGGGCGGGCCUGUGCGUGUGUGUAUUUGUGUGUAAAUGCAGGUCUAUAAGUGUGUAUGUGUGUCAGAGACCGGGGCACUGGACAUUUCGUCGCACACACACCGAGAGACAACGUCACCGGAAAGCAUUUUGAUUAUCGUAGCUGUUGUCGUCGUGGUUUUGUUUCUCCGCUGUCGGUUUUCCUGGAUUUUGUCUUCGCUGAAGCCGUGUCUCGGGUAGCCAGGAUGGGAGUUUUGGAAUGGAACUCCGUUUUGGCAUCACGAAAAAGACGGAACUUUGUUUGGACAUGGGCCUUUCUCGGAGCCAAUGAGAGAGUGGCUCCUCGGGUCACAUGAUUCCUGUAGGAGUCAAAGACAUUAUUACUGUUGUUUUUGUUUUCGUAUCAUUUAAAAAAAAUAAAUGUAAUCAACUGCCCACUCUGAUCUCUCGCCACCUGUGUUACUGCUGAAUUUGCACAAUUUACAGAAAAGUUACAAAGGAAGACUAUAUAGAUAUUAUAUAUAAAUACAACUACAUUUUUAAAGAAAUGAAGAUUAGGGUUAAAACAUUUCAGUUUUUAGCUGACAAACACAAUUUUAAAAAUCCAUCUGUUGAAACACUGAAAUUUGAUAUUUCAAGCAACAAAAAAAUCGACAUUAGAAGAAUAAAACAACCGCAAAAGAAAAAUAAACAAAAGUUAUCCUGUGCCAUGUUUUUGCUGUUGUUGUGAAGUGCAAAGACAUUUUGUUAGAUGGAAUAUGCUACCGUAUGAUUUAAAUAUAAGUAUGCCUCGUGACUGAAAUGAUUCUCUGAGUAAUAAAAGAUGGGAAGAUACGAAAAUGUAAAAUAUCUAGGGAAGAAGAAAGCAACUUUGUCCCUUAGGGCCACCAUAGGAAGUGCAUCUCAUUAUAUUGUCAUAUUUCUGUAUUGGAAAGUUGGGCUGGAGAGGUCCUGCGAAAAUAAGAAUUUGCUGUCAUUUCCGAUUUGUCGUGCAAUCUCGUUUUUUGAAAAGCAUCACAGACUCACGCAAGCGUUGCUUCUUUUCCUAGACACUUCAGAUUAAAUCUAGUCUGAAGGCUAAUUUGUAUCUUCCAGGGCUAAAGAAUUUGACAGUUUGUGCUACAGUGGUUGACCAAUGUAGAUCAUUUCACUACUUGAACCAAUAACCAUCUAUAAGCUACCCCACCACCAGUUAGCAUCACUACAUCUGAUUGGCUGAGCAUGGCAGGAAAUGACCAAUGCUGAGUGGGGUCAUAGUUCAACGAGUGCACAUGUGAUAGAACAUCCACUUUACCCGACAUGUGACCUGAAAUAACGUAUUGGGUACAGUACAUCUUGGAGGGUCUGUGAACGGGAGGAAAACCCAGUUUUACCCCUAAACGAGUCUCGUUUCUCCACCCCUAUACAACCGGAAAUCCACCCUCCUUCAGUAUUUCUCUUAAUCUCUUCUGUACCUCCCUAGGCAUUCUCUCAUCCUCGUAACAUCCAACGACAACAACAAGAACAGUCAAACUCUUGGUGGUUCCAGACUUGGUCCACCUAUCCACUAGUGUUAGCUUCAGAAUGUGUUCUCAGUCAACUUAACUGGUAAAAUAAGGGUUAAAUAAAUAGCUAAAUGGGGUCAGGUAGGGCUUUACUAAGCCUCAGUCUAAAAUGACAAAGUGGAGAAAGACAGAAAGCCUUUUCCAGCUCCAGGCCCCUCUCGCUCAUCUCUUCCCAAUGCUAUUAUGCAGAUAAUAGGCAAGGUGACGGUAGUACGGUACGGAAAUCUCCUUCUCUCCUAACCCAGAUAUAUGAGACGAGGCGGGGCUUUAGCUCUCACCCAUAGUGGGGUUGGGACUGGGGAGAGAAGAGGCACCCUCCACUCAUUAGCAACACAAGGCUAAGUAAUCCCUUAGCUCCCCUGGCACUUGUUUCCAUCUAAACAAACCCUAAUGCCAUGUGUGGCUUAAGCUUUUUUAUAUACUUCUCUCUUAAGAUAAUUGUUAUUCUUGCUCUUCUAUUUUCCCUUCUUUUUUUGAAGUUUUGGACGUUUGACUUUGUGGUGCGAUGUUUUUUUUGUUUUUUUUUAAUUGCUUGCCCAAAACCAAACUGUGGUCUAAUGUAUUUUUGUUUGAUUUUGUACAUUGUAUUUACUUCGUUUUUUUUCAUGAUGAUGACGUGAAAUGAAGCUUUUGGCAAAUUUUAUUGUAAUUGGGUUGUUUUAAGUUGUUUUUCCUCGUCUCUCUUUUGAACAUGUACAUUGUGCGUAAUACGGUACGCCGGAGAUAAAGACGUCUUUGGUUUAUCUGAAGUUGAAGUACUUUACCGAUCUAAAGGUUUCUUUUCUGAUCUCCACAAUUAGUGGAAAACAUUGCAUCAGAUAAGCAUCUGUGUCUUUUCAAGAUUGAAUGAGUGACUUGAUGCUAUAAUCCACAUCUUCAUUUUUUUUUUAACCAUCAGGGCUAUCAUUUUAAUCGGAAAUAAAUGCUGUUGCAAUUCAAUGUAUGCCAGGUUCCUUCCAAUAUUCCUCUGCACAGAAAUGAAGAAAAAAAACACCCCUAAAUAGACAGGACACAUUGGUACAUCUCAAAUGGCACCAUAAAACCUAUCUAUUGCACUAUGGCAGUGGUCAAAACUAGUGCACUAUAUGGGGAAUAUGGUGCCAUUUUGGACACAGGCAUUGAUGUAUACAGCUAUAUUGCAUUCCUGUUGUACCUUUCUCUACAUAUCGGACCGUUAACAUACGGGUGCUAGCAUGGUCCCAGAUCAGUUUAUGAUGUGUGGCCAAGACAGUAUUAACAAUGUAUAGAGAGGACUGCACAAACAGAUUUGAGACCAGGCUAUACAGCUGCUGCUUUGAGAGCCAAACAGAACCCUUCUAGGGACCACUCGUCUUGCACUACUAGCGUUCUUGGGCCAAAACAACAUUCCAAAGUUAGCUUCUUCGAACCGAACAGGGUUCCUUUCCCAAGCAACCGUGUACCUGACCUAACAUGUUGGAAGAAAGCUUUACAUUUUGACAUAAUACAUUUUUAACUACUGUACAUACUGCAAUUUUUUUUUAAAUGAUUAGUCAGCUUUACAGGGUUAAAAAAAAAAAAUGUUUUUCCAUGAGUACACAACUUUCCCACUUUUGCUGAGUCUAUCUUUCGGUGCUCUUAAGAUCACAUGUUAGAUGAAGUAGAUUGGUUUCCAAAGCUCCGGAGCUCAGUGAAUUUGUUAAUAGCAGUCCUAUGAUAUAUCCGCAUCGUAACCGUGUAUGCGAAAAAUACAUCACACGCUGGCAGCUCGGCCUGUCCAAACUCUUUCAUUUGAGUUUCUCCCAUCACUGCCCUGGUUGGAUUUUUUCUGAAGACGCAACUUAUUCUCCAUUUCUCAGGACAUUGCCUCUGUUGUUUUGCGCCGUUCUCUCUGCGCUGCUGUUCCAUUGUUUCAAUGUUGUGGCCUUGAGGGGAGGAGGACUUUAGCUUGUUUUUGCAUGACUGCUUGAGUUUUCGAUCAAGUCCAGAAGGCUCCUAUGUGAGAUUUCAUUGUUUCACAUCAUCUGUCCCUGUUUGUUUGUAUGGUGAUUGGCUUGUGUUGGUGUCACUGAAGUGGCACAAUGUACAGCAUGUCAAUUUAGUAGCAUCAUGGCCAUUUAAUGUGAUCAAGAGGAACCCGGCGCUGAAACUUGACAGAGCCUGACAUAACGCUGUCAUAGGACCGAUAUAGUGCUGUCAUAUGAUCGACAGCCGGCUGGAAGUCAUUUUGUGGCUAGCCCCACAUUGUUUGGUUGACCAUCUAAUGCCAUAUUACAGUGUUACGUCAAUAGACAUACAUAUGAACUGUCAUGAACUGUUAUGACCUCACAUGGUCCAUCUCUCAUCAACUCAAGUUACCUAAUCAUUAGUCUUUUCCUGAAUCAAUCUCCACCCAAACAGAUUGGGCCAGUUUCACGGAAGCAGAAUAAGCCUAUUCCUGGAUUUAAAAAACACCUUUUCAAAGGAGAUUCUCGAAGAGCAUGAUUUUUGGAGCGGGAAUACGUUUAAUUCUGAUCUGGGAAUCUGUGACCCAAAAUGAUCAACCCAGUCAUGCCUUGUCAUACUAUUGCCUUUCCAAGCCCUGGUUUGAGAAGAUUCUGAUCAUUUAGUUUCCUCUUCAUUCAUUUUUUUUAUCAAACUCACAACUCAGUAGCUGUAAUUUUUCCAAAUGAAAACUGCAAAGAAUACAAGAAAAUACAAAAUCGAUCAAUUACAGACAAACUGGCGAAAACAUUUUUUUCCUAUAUACAAUCAUUCUGAUACUUUAAGUUUCAGACUUCAAGUGACUGUCACAAGUGUGCAGGUUAAUGUUUAAUGUGUAAAUAUUCUGUUGUUUCCUAUUUUGCAGAUUUACUACUUGUAAAUAAACACUCAUAUCAAG